UUAGUUCAGCCCUGCAAUUCGCCGCUACUAGUUGAUAUUAAGUGCUAUAUUUUCCCCCGAAAUGUCUCGUGCGACCAGGGCUUUUAAAGUGCUGAUUUCGCAUCCAAAUGUCCCAGCACCGGCUCUGGAACUGCUCCGAUCCCGUGGAGCGGAGACCAUCAUCUGCCAGAGUGUGCCGCCCUCGAGGGAUGAGAUCCUGCAGAAGGUGCCCGGCGUGGAUGCCAUCUAUUGGGCCCAUUACCAGCCCCUGAAUGCCGGAAUCCUGGAUGCUGCUGGAUCCCAGCUGCGUUGCGUGAGCACCAUGUCCUCCGGAAUCGAUUUUGUGGAUAUUCCGGAGUUCCAGAAGAGGGGAAUCCCAUUGGGCCACACUCCCGGGGUGGUGAAAAAUGCAGUGGCCGAUCUCGCCAUUGGCUUGAUGAUUGCAGCCGGUCGUCACUUUCAUGCCGGUCGCACCGAAAUCGAGAGGUCCCAAUGGAAAAUCGAGCAGAUCAACUGGAUGAUGGGUCAAGAGAUUCGCGAUUCCGUCAUCGGUUUCUUUGGCUUUGGCGGUAUUAGUCAGGCCAUCGCCAAGCGAUUGCAGUGCUGGGAUGUGGCCAAGAUCAUCUACCAUACUCGCACCCGAAAGGAAAACGAUGGCGACUUCAAGGCAGAGCAUGUGUCGUUUGAACAACUUUUACAAGAAAGUGACUUCCUGGUGGUAGCUGCUCCACUUACAAACGAAACUAGAGAGAAAUUCAAUGGAAAGGCAUUUAAUCUGAUGAAGAGGAGUUCUGUGUUUGUCAAUGUGGCCAGAGGAGGUCUGGUAAAUCAAACUGACCUUCAUGACGCCCUGACAAAUGGUACAAUUUCUGCCGCAGGCUUGGAUGUGACCACACCAGAACCACUGCCCGCCAAUAGUCCUCUUCUCAAUGUGCCCAAUUUUAUCCUUCCCCAUAUGGGCACUCAGACAAUGAAGACUACCAUUGAAAUGGGAUUGCUUGCUGCCAAUAAUAUUUUGAACGCCAUCGAAGGGAAGCCCAUGAUAAGGCCAGCCUACUGAGAACAUGCAAAAUUUGAAUGGAAGAAACUUUACCUGUAUCCUACUCGGAUCGGAAAAUCAAUAUUAAAAAAUGAUAUUAAACAUAUAAAUGUCGAACUUGUUAACCGCAACUAUAAUGGAUUGAUAUUUUUUCUUGUUUAAUUGAAUAAGUGAAUAAUUAUGAAAAUUAUGAACGUAACCAU